AGCCAUUUCCUACACUGAUCCAUUGCCAGCGUCUCUGCACGGCACAGGACAGGACGCCCCGUCUGGCCUCAGCUUCUCCUGCCCGGGCUCGGUAAACGGCAGCGGACCCUGCACCACACGGUACCCGGGUGGAUGAGAGACAGUCUAGCGGGUCGGUCGGCACCCACUAGACCUCUGCACGGAGCUCGGACCCGCGGGACGGAAGCGGCGCAAGUCACGGACGGACAUGGCUUUGAAGAUUGUCAAAGGGAGCAUCGAUCGGAUGUUCGAUAAAAAUCUUCAGGAUUUAGUACGUGGCAUCAGGAAUCACAAGGAAGAUGAGGCCAAGUACAUCUCCACAUGCAUCGACGAGAUCAAGCAGGAGCUCAAGCAGGACAACAUCGCUGUCAAAGCCAAUGCUGUGUGCAAGCUCACCUACCUUCAGAUGCUGGGCUAUGAUGUCAGCUGGGCCGCUUUCAACAUCGUUGAAGUCAUGAGUUCCUCCAAGUUCACAUACAAGAGGAUUGGCUACCUGGCAGCCUCGCAGUGCUUUCAUGAGAGCACAGAUGUCAUCAUGCUGACCACCAAUCAGAUUCGAAAGGAUCUCAGCAGCCCCAACCAGUAUGACACAGGCGUUGCCCUCACUGGGCUGUCGUGUUUUGUGACCCCUGAUCUGGCUCGGGACCUGGCCAAUGACAUCAUGACACUGAUGUCCCACACUAAACCUUACAUCAGGAAGAAAGCUGUGUUGAUUAUGUACAAGGUGUUCCUGAAAUACCCAGAGUCCCUGCGCCCAGCUUUCCCCAGGCUCAAGGAGAAACUGGAGGACCCAGAUCCAGGCGUCCAGUCAGCAGCGGUAAAUGUUAUCUGUGAGCUGGCUCGGAGAAAUCCCAAGAACUACCUGUCUCUGGCCCCACUUUUCUUCAAACUCAUGACCUCCUCCACUAACAACUGGGUUCUCAUUAAGAUCAUCAAGCUGUUUGGCGCUCUCACACCUCUGGAGCCACGGCUGGGGAAGAAGCUGAUCGAGCCUUUGACUAACCUAAUCCACAGUACCUCUGCCAUGUCUCUGCUGUAUGAAUGUGUCAACACUGUAAUUGCAGUGCUGAUUUCUCUGUCUUCUGGGAUGCCUAACCACAGUGCUAGUAUCCAGCUCUGUGUGCAGAAACUGCGAAUCCUGAUAGAAGACUCGGACCAGAACUUGAAGUACCUAGGCCUGCUGGCCAUGUCAAAGAUCCUGAAGACCCACCCCAAGUCAGUGCAGUCUCACAAGGACCUUAUCCUCCAGUGUCUGGAUGAUAAGGAUGAAUCCAUCCGUCUGAGAGCUCUGGACCUGCUCUAUGGCAUGGUAUCCAAGAAGAACUUGAUGGAGAUUGUUAAGAAGCUGAUGCUGCACGUGGACAAAGCAGAAGGAACCACCUACAGAGAUGAACUGCUCACCAAGAUCAUCGACAUCUGCAGCCAGAGCAACUACCAGUACAUCACCAACUUUGAAUGGUACAUCAGUAUCCUGGUGGAGCUGACCCGAUUAGAGGGUACGCGGCACGGCCACCUCAUUGCCUCUCAGAUGCUUGAUGUGGCCAUUCGGGUCAAAGCCAUCCGAGUCUUUGCCGUCGCUCAGAUGGCCACUCUGCUGGACAACGCCCACCUGCUGACAGGCAACAUGCAGCGAAAUGGCAUCUGUGAGGUGUUGUAUGCUGCAGCAUGGAUCUGCGGCGAGUUCUCAGAACACCUGGAGAACCCGAUGCAGACGUUGGAGGCCAUGCUGCGGCCCAAGGUGGCCACCCUACCAGGCCACAUCCAGGCGGUGUAUGUGCAGAACGCAGCUAAGCUGUUUGCCACCGUGCUGAAAAGCCAGGAGGGGAACACGGACGCCACAGCCGCACAGGAAACCAGCCAGCUGAUGAUAGAUAGGCUACCGUUGUUUGUCCAGAGCGCCAACCUUGAGGUGCAGGAGAGGGCGUCUUGCAUUCUUCAGCUGGUCAAGUAUAUUCAGAAACUGCAGCAGAAGGACGUAGAAGUAGCAGAAGAAGUCAGCGCGCUGUUUGCUGGUGAGCUCAACCCUGUGGCCCCCAAGGCACAGAAGAAGGUGCCUGUUCCUGAAGGCCUGGACCUGGAUGCUUGGAUCAAUGAGCCUCCAUCUGAAAGUGAGUCUGAGGAUGAGCAGCCCAAGGCUAUUUUUACCAAGGAGGAGCCCAAACCGUCCCGUCCCCGUCACACAGAGGUGGACGAGAAAGAACUGGCAAGGAGGAGAGAAGCUAGAAAGCAAGAGCAAGCCAACAACCCAUUCUACAUCAAGGCCUCACCGUCCUCUCAGAAGGUGUAUCAGGAAGCUCCUGGAGUGGAGCACAUUCCUGUUGUUCAGAUUGACCUCAGUGUGCCUCUUAAAGUCCCAGGUCCCACAGGUCUACCCAUGUCUGACCAGUAUGUGAAGUUGGAGGAGGAGCGUCGGCAGAAAGAGAGAGCAGAAAAGAAGAAGAAGGAGAAGAAGAAGAGGAAAGAAAAGCGCAGCGGACGAGGGAAGAAACAUGAUUCGGGCCCAGAGAGCGAGGAGGACAUCACGCCUGCACACAUGGUCGACAUAGUAACAGAGGAGAUGCCAGAGAAUGCCUUACCCAGUGAUGACGAUGACAAAGACCCCAAUGACCCCCACAAAGCCCUGGACAUCGACCUGGACAACUUGGUGGAGACGGCUGGUCGUAGGCCACUUGCAGACAGCGAGAAGCUACCAGUCAGGUCACACCGUGCAGCCGAGGCUCCAAAAAGCCCAGCAGAAGAUGGAGAAAUGGACGCCGCCCCACAAGAGACCAAGAAGAAGAGCAGCAAAGAAAAGAAGGAGAAGAAAAAGGAUAAAGACAGAGAGAGGAAGAAGAGCAAAGACGACAAGAAGAAGAAAAAACACAAACAUGAGCAAAAGGAGGAGGAUCUUCUCGGGGGUCAGGGGGAUGAGCCUGUCGUCCAAUCACAAGAAAGCAGUGAGGUGGCAGCACCACCCACUUCCACCAGUGCUGAGGUUUCGGACCUGGAUUUCUGGCUCUCAAACGCUCCAGUGCCCACUAACACCCAGGAAGUAGCAACAGUAGCAGCAGCAGCAGCAGAAGCCGCCCCUGUGGCCGAGGCACCUUCUGGCACGGCGCCAGACUCUGAACCUGAUGAGCCCAAAGACACUGAGAUGGAGGAGACUAAGUCCUCCAAACACAAGAAGAAGAAGCAGAAAAAGGAGAAGGAAGAGAAGGAAAAGAAAAAGAAGAAGAAGCAUCAUCACCAUCGCCACCACAGCGACGGAGGUGGAGAAGAGUCUGUGCAGAAUGGCACCGUCGAGGAGGAAGAGCCUCUGCCGCCCAUGUCCAAUUACUGCCUGCUGGCUGAGAACUCCUACAUCAAGAUGGUGUACGACAUCCAGGGAAACCUGCAGGACGGCAGUCAGGUGGUGGUGUCUGUUAUAUUCGAGAACAAGUGCGACAGCUUCCUCAAGUCGAUGGAGUUCAAUGUGCUGGACUCUCUGAACUCCAAGCUGCAGAGGCCAGAGGGCUCGGGGCCACACGACGGCCUCACUGUCCCCUUCCAACUUCCUCCUGGAGUGUCCAACGAGGCACGAUUCGUCUUCACUGUGCAGAGCAUCGUAAUGCCACAAAAACUGAAAGGAACCCUCACCUUCAUAGUCAAGAAUGAGGACUCCUCCACUCAUGAAAAACUGGACUUCAAACUGCACUUUACCUGCACCUCCUACUUAAUCACUACUCCUUGUUACAGUGAUGCGUUUGCAAAGCUACUGGAGUCGGGAGACCUGAAGUGCAGCUCUGUCAGACUGGAGGGAGUCAACAUGCCCUUCCACCACCUACUGGCCAGGAUCUGCUUCCACCACCACUUCUCUGUUGUGGAGAGGAUCGACUCCUGUGCCUCCAUGUACAGCAGGUCUAUCCAGGGUCACCAUGUCUGUCUCUUGGUCAAAACUUCUGCUCAGACAGUGUCCAUUGACGCUAAAUGUGACGAGCCGACGCUGCUUGGGAAUGUGCUGGAUGAGAUCAAGCAGACCUUCUCUCAGUGCUGAUUGUGUCCGACGACCCCAGGGUGCCCACAACCCCUCUAGCCACCCCCUUCCCUCACUGAAACACAACAUAAUCAUGUUAUGAAACACUGCGGCUGGUACUUCCAGUAUUGCCCUAUUUAUUAGUCCUCAGAUUUGCAAGAUUUCUUUACCCUCUUCUUCAGCGCCCCCAAACUUUGUUGUCCCUCCUCGCUCUUCGGUCACACUUGAUGUUGUUUUACAGACUUCACCGAGUACAUUCUCCAUCUUCUCUGCAGUGCACUUUUCAUUUUCGCUUCUGGGUUUUGAGCAGCCGUUCUAGCGUGGAGCGACUUUUCCUCGCUGUCUCUGACUUUGUACUGAGCUCCUGUUUCUGGAUGCCCGGCGUCCUCUGCUCUUUCCUGCGUACCUUUCCACGCUCUACUCUGUUGGCAAUUCAGUCUGUGACAGUUAUGUAAUGUAAUGUUGACAACUGGACUUUUGCUGUUGAUGGUUGAAUUGUAUUUUUAAUGUUCUUGAAGUUUUAUGUUUUUGUCUUCGGUUUGUUUUUGUUUGUCAUUUUGUGUCUCUCUUUCUCUCUCUUUUUUUCUUUCUUUUUUUGCUUGUCUGAAGCCUGUGUGCGCCUUCAUCUCACCCCCCUCCGUCUCUCAGCUCACUAAACAUCAGUGUGCUGCUCUUGUGUGUAGUCCUGGACAAACUAUGUGACUUUUUGUGGACUGAUCUCAGCUGACCCAUGGGCCUGGAGGAGGCCAGACACUGGACGACUGCAGUGAUAACAGAGCAGAGAUGAAACCAAAGCUACAUAUAAGGCAUGAAUUUUAAAGUUGUAUCAGGGCCGUUGUCCUGCUUGCUUUUUGCGAGGCUCAGAGCAGAUCUCCUACUGUUAGUUUAACAUAAUCCUUGUGUGACACUGGGUGAUUUGUGCGGUGGUUGUGCUCUGUGCCUUAGCUCUGCAGUCUGACCUACUCCAGCACUUCAUAAGAGUUGUAGAUCACCUUCUGUCCUUAGCAUAUCUGAUCUAACUGUGCUAAGCUCCGGAUUUACUCCUCCCGGACAUAUCAGGAACCAUAGAAGAAUUUGAAAGUGGGAGAGUAAUAGAACGAAUGAAACUCUGGCAGCAGAGUAGAAGUGUAUAGUGUAAUAUGAGAUUUUUAUUUAACCAGAGGACAGAUUUGUCGUUUGUCACUUCAUCUCCAGCUCUCACAGGGUUUUGUUAGUUGUACAAAAGAUGCUGUUGUGAUACACCGAAGGAUUAUUUCUACGAAGCCACUGUGGUGCUGAAAGCCCUCACUUAUGUCACUGCAGAAUAAUGAUGUGUAAUGUGGCACAAAAGGAGCUGCCUAUGUUGUGUCGCUCUUCUGCCUGCUUUCUCUGAAAAAAAGGACAACCCGUGAGAAGCUAAAUGACACCGUAGUUACACUACCAACCCGUCUCCAUUUUAAAACCAGCUGGUCUGCAUAUCGGGUUACUGAAAUCGUUUUCUCUGUAAGCAGACACCGUGAGCUGGUCAGUGGCUUCAGACUCUUUCUGAAUCAGUAUUAGUUGAUGUGGCUAAGGAAGCAUCCGCCUCUGUCAAAGGGCAGAAUGCAGUUUUGUCUGUCUUGGAAUGAAAUCGUUUGAAACGUUUGCGCCUGUGCCACUUUGGCGUCUGCAUCUCAGUAGUUCCACCCAUGCUGCAGCCAUCGUGUACCCAGAUAAAUACCUGAUUUUCCCUUCAGAAACUGCCUUGCCACUUUUUUGUGCAUUAAUGUGUUAUGAGGAACAGAUUUUUUUUUUGUUGUCGUUAAUAAUUUGCCUCCUAUUAGAAAUCUCUCAGAGGUACUUGAUGUUUUUCAUUCAUGUUUUGCAUCACUGCCCCCUAACCUUGUAGUAGCAAGAUAAAAACUGACUUGGUAGCGUCUCUGUUCAUAUAUAUUGGUAAGGCCCCUUUCACAUUUAUCUGCUAUUGUAGAUAACAACUUAUAAUAAUGAUGUCUGUGACUUGAAUGCCAGGUCAACCAUUCCACUGUGUCUCUCAGUCCGGUAGUAAAGUCUGAAUACAGAGGUGAUUGACUGUUUUUCAGGAAUGUCAAUAGAAAAUAAUGAUGUAUGUAUUUCCUGUUCCUGAAAAUAACCGAUAUAUGAGAGAUACGCUUCCCCUCAUCAUACUUUGUCCUGAUUCUGAUCAUUAUGUGCAUAAUAUUAGAUAAAAAUUUGUAUAUUGCAUGAUUAGGAAUGUACACUUUUUUAUUUCCAUUUACUUUCUGUUCCUUGGACAUGCUUACACAAAAACUUGUCAUUCCAUUUUGUUCUUUUUCUUUAUGAUUUUUUUUUAUGAAACUUUACUUGACCAUUCUCUAUUUUUGAUGGUAUUGUGUUUUUAUCUGUUCUAUAAGUUCAGACAAUUAAAAGAAGUGAUAUCAUUGAAUGUUUUAAAUUAUUAAACAGAAGGGGAACGGGAGGGUGUGGGGGUUCUGGUUGUUGUCAUGACUCCGAGGACGUGGGGCUCGGUUUAAUAAGUUGAGUAGAACGGGUCACAUGAAGCAGUGUACUGAGGGGCAAUGCGCUCUGUCUUAAUUCUGUCGGUUCAGUUGUAGUGAGUUAUUUUACCCGGUUUGGAUUGUGACGUUGAAAUAUACCCUUGUGACAGAUUUUCCAAAGGUCCUGUCUUUUUAUUUCUCCGCAUUCAGUUAUCAAGCUGUACAAUGUCAUGUUUCAAACGAGACAAUAUAAAUGAUCUAUAUUCCCUUAAAAAAAAUCAAAAAAAAAAAACGUCCAACCAAAAUAUAAAUAAUAAAGGCUGUAAGAAGCAGA